CGCGAAACACCACAGUUAGCAGCUGGCUGGUUUUCUCAACGGUCUCAGGAGUUAUACCUAUAUACUGUAUAUCGUACAGGAUAUUAUUAAGGUUUAAAUACGAAAUGUUGACAGGAUGGCGACUUGGUCUUUCGAAACUAUUCAUAAUACCACAACGAUAUGUGUUCGCUAUAAUGGCUCUGCUAGCCGUAGCGAAUGCGUACACAAUGCGUGUUUGCUUAAAUUUGGCGAUCACGCAGAUGGUGAAAAAGACCGUCGCUGUCGAAGGUGAUGCAAAUUACGACCCUAACGCGUGCCCAGAUUUAACUUCCGUUAAAAAUACAACGAUGACACUAUCGGAUUAUAUUACUAGAGACAGUGGUGGUUCUGACCUUUUUGAGUGGAGUGAAGCCACCCAAGGUCUCAUACUCAGUUCAUUUUACUAUGGUUACGUACUGACCCAUAUACCAGGUGGUAUGUUGGCUGAACGUUAUGGUGGUAAAUGGGUGUUGGGCACAGGAUUGCUAUCUACGGCUAUCUGUACCUUUAUCACUCCAAUCGCUGUCAAAACUGGAGGAGCUACUGCCUUGUUUAUUCUCCGUGUUGUCGAAGGAUUUGGUGAGGGUCCAACUAUGCCUGCGUUGAUGGCAAUGAUAUCAAAGUGGGCACCAAAGGCUGAAAGAGCACGUUUUGGAGCUAUCGUUUUUGGAGGCGCUCAAAUUGGUAAUAUAGCAGGAUCGUACUUCUCAGGCCUCAUCAUGUACGACGGAUCUUGGGAAUAUGUCUUUUAUAUGUUCGGUGGUAUCGGUUUAGGGUGGUUUGUAAUAUGGUGUUUCAUUUGCUACAGUACCCCAAAUACGCACCCUUUUAUAUCUGAUGAUGAAAAGAAAUUCCUGAAUGAAAAUGUUCAAGCAUUAAUUCACAGUGAAAAACAAAUAUUGGAUCCCGUACCAUGGAAAGCGUUGCUCAGAUCUGUACCCCUUUGGUCUCUAAUCAUUGCUGCUAUUGGUCACGAUUGGGGCUACUUCACAAUGGUCACAGAUUUACCUAAGUACAUGACAGAUGUUCUGAAAUUCAAUAUUAAAUCUGCCGGAUUACUCUCUGCUCUGCCUUACAUUGCAAUGUGGAUUGCCUCUUUCUUCUUUGGACUUAUCUGCGAUUUCUGCAUCAAGAGAAAUAUCCAUAGCAUUAAAAAUGCCAGAAAGCUUUACACAACUAUUGCGGCCACCGGUCCAGGUAUUUGUAUAAUUCUCGCUUCGUAUUCUGGAUGUGAUACAACUUUAGCAGUAUUCUGGUUCAUCGCUGCUAUGACACUAAUGGGUGCUUACUACAGUGGAAUGAAAAUUAACGCUCUCGACAUCACCCCUAACUACGCUGGUACAACUACCGCAAUGGUGAAUGGUAUUGCUGCUAUAUCUGGAAUCAUCACACCGUAUCUAAUCGGUCUACUGACUCCAAAUUCCACACUCAAGGAAUGGCGAGUUGCCUUUUGGGUAUGUCUUGGCGUCUUGGUAGUAACAAAUAUCAUAUAUUUGAUUUUCGCCCAAGGUGAGCAACUUUGGUGGGAUGAUGUUAAGAAACAUGGUUACCCCAAGAAUUGGAAACAUGGCCCCCUAUCGUUAAGGAACAAUGAUUCAGAAAAUGCACCAACAGAAAAAACCAGUGAUGAAAAGAAAUGACCUGACAAUAGCUGCUAGAUGAAAUUAUUUAUGUUUUUAAUU